AUGCUGGGUCAAGACUGGGUUCUUUGUUCUUGUGAGAAUGUUGAGAUUAUGGAAUCUAUUUUAUGUGAAGGACCUUGGUUUAUUAAAGGUCAUAUAAUGGGCAUUGAAAAAUGGUCACCUUCUUUUUCUACAAACUCCUUGAAAGGUCUUUCGGCUCCGGUUUGGGUUAGACUCCCUAAUCUGCCUUUAUAUUGUUGGGACAACUUAAAUAUUUGUAGGAUUGCUUCUCUAGUUGGAAAGCCGUUUCUACUAGACGGAAACAUGUUCAAAUGGAAUAGAAGAGAAUUUGCAAGGAUUUGUGUUUGUAUCAAUUUAUACGAACAACUUCCUUUGGGAGUAUGGGUGGAAGAUUUUAAAAAUAAUUCAAAUGUUAUUUCUUCUAGAGUGGAUUAUGUUCUUAAAGCUAACGCAGUUCAUGAAGUUGAUGUUGCAAAUGUUGAUCCGGAAGAGCAAGGGUAUGGUCCGUGGAUGCAAGUCAGAUAUGGGAGGAAAAAGAAAUUUCAGAACAAUGCAGUUAAGGUUAAUCAAAAACCUACUGCUCGACCAAUUAUUCUAAAAGAAGUUUGGAAACCUGUCACAGGUUCAGUUCCAGCUGUGGUUCUAAGUCAAAUUCCUAUUCCAGGAGUCCCUGUUCUUGCUGCAGAAGACUUGCUUUUGGUUAAAAAUCUGAAGAAUGAUGACAGAGAUAAAGACCUUGUGAAUGAUGAUUUAGCUAUUGAUAGAAACCUGGAAGAACGAGAGAUUAUAGAGGAUAUGCCUAUCAAUAAAUUGGAUUUAUCUCAAGUUGACAAUGGGAUUCCAACUAGUAAGAAUCUAAAAACUUCUCAACAUAUUAUCUUAAAUAAUAAUAUGUUUGAUAUUCUUAACACAGUAAACGAGGAUGCUAAUAAUGUUGCUUUUACUAUGAAGAAUAAUAUUGAUGGUAAUGUUAUUAUGUCAUCCCUUAAACCGAAGGAUAUGGCUUUAACUGUUAAAAAAAUUAAAGUGGUUAAUAGCUCGGUUAAAAGGAAAUUGGGAAAAGAGAUCAAAACUCUUGGACCAAUUAAACUCUUGACUAGAAAUAGAAGAAUGGAGAUGGAAAAUAAAGACAAGAAGAAUGGGGCUAGUCCCCCUUCUAAUCAAUGA